GACCAGUCGCCUAGUGAUAUGAUAAUAUGACUUCUUGACUGAUGUUUCUUGUUUGUCUUGUCACUUUUUCUAAAAUACGUAAUUUUUGGGGAGACCUUUGUUGCUAUCAAUUGAUGUUAUUGCAAGUGCAUCUAAAAAAUGGUUGAUCCAAUAUUCGAUUAUCAAUUUAGGCUUAUUCUUAUUGGAGACAGCACAGUGGGAAAAAGUUCUUUGUUGAAAUAUUUUACAGAUGGGAAAUUCGCUGAGCUGUCUGACCCUACGGUUGGUGUGGAUUUCUUCGCAAGGAUCAUAGAAGUGCAAGAUGGGACGAGAAUUAAGCUGCAGUUAUGGGAUACGGCGGGCCAAGAGAGGUUUAGAUCUAUAACAAAGUCGUACUAUAGGAACUCGGUUGGUGCGUUACUAGUGUAUGAUGUGUGUAAUAGAUCUAGUUUUGAGCAUAUACCUCUGUGGAUGAUGGAGGCGAAGAGACACAUAGAGCCUCACCGGCCAGUGUUUGCACUGGUGGGCUGUAAGGUGGACCUGGUGGGCACAGAUAACAAAAACGGUGCGAGAAGGGAAGUCACUUGUGAGGAAGCUCGUAUGUUUGCAGAAGAGAAUGGUCUACAUCAUGUAGAAACAUCAGCAAAAACAGGUCUGAACGUUGAAGAAGCAUUUGUUCUAGUCGCUCAAGAAGUAUACAACCGCAUUCAAACCGGAGAAUACAAAGUAGAAGAUGGAUGGGACGGAAUCAAGACUGGUUUCAACCGUCCCAAUGGUAUGGACUUCAACCUUCUUGAAGCUGAAACGGUACAGUCCACAUGUUGCUAGAAAAAGACGAAAGUGUAUAUAUUUGACUCACAAUAGUUUAGUAAAUAUACAAUGAGUAAGCAUAAUUUUAUAUAUAUUGUGUAGAUAUGGUGUGGCGACUGCUGUAUAAACAUUUUGGUUUAAUUUAUAUUUUGAACCUUAAGUUAUAAAUAUUCAUUUUUUUGUUUUAUUGAUGGUCUUAGCCACAUUCUAUUGAAAGGAGUUUUUAUAACAAUGGAAGAGAUAAAAAAGUUUUUCUGUACCAUAGAUAUUGGUAUUCCAUAAAUGAAUUUCAAAUGUGUUGUAACAUUUUUUUUUUGUUCAUUAGUUUUUUUUAAGAAUGACCAUCAUAGGUUUCAUUGAUAAUAUUGAAGUAACUACUAUUUAAAUGUGGUAUAGUUAAUUGUAAUGUUACUAACUGAGAUAAAAUUAUGGCAUCUUUAAACAAAAUACUAACAUUAUUAUAAAUAAAAAACUAGAAUACUUUUAGAAUUCAUAUAAAAAUAUUAAGUACAGAUCAGAAAACUGCUUUGAAAUUUUAUUUUUUUAUGCUGUUUUAAUCCAGACUCGUUAAUUUUGCUAUUUUAUGGCUAUUCAAUAUAAAUAUAUUCGUAAAUAAUAAAUACACAAAAUUAGCAGUACAUAACUAAAACCUUAAAGUAUAUUUUCCAUAGACACAUAAGUAGAUUACAUCAGUUUUAUUUUCUACAAUAGUAUUCUACUAUACCUGUUAUAAUUAUAAUAUAAUAACAUUUUACACCACAUAAAAUAUUUAAUAUAAUCUAAAAAUCUAAAUCACAAUAUUAUUAAACAAAAAUCUAUAGUACAGCAUAAAUAACCUUUGAUAAUUCCUGUUAACACAAGGAAGAUUUGUUGAAUUGUACAUCAGUAAUGCAUUAAAAAAAAUACAAUAUUAUGUACUACUACAAUAUUAUGCUCAAAGGAAAAGAUAACAAAUUCUAAAUUUAACAUUUGUACUACAAAAAUGUAUCAUUUGCAUUUUAAAUAUGCAGGUAAACAAGUUUGUAACUGUUGAGGAAUUUAAUUCAGUUUGAUUCAUUUGUAAAGCAAAGAUUUGUAUUAAUAUUCAGAUCACAAUAAAAGUGAGAGUAUUUGCAAGCACUGGCCACUAGACAGAAAGUUUUAUGACCUAGUUUCAAAAAGUAAUAAAAAAUCUAGACUCAUUUUGAGUACUUGGCAAUGCAAUGUCUUUUAAAAAUACCAUUAGUUUUUAAAAAGAAAUAUUGCCCCACACUUUUUUUCCUGUAUCGUGGGUGCGUUUACAAACAAUUUCUGGA